UUAACCCAUUUGCGCCUGUUGUCUACUUUUGUAGACACUAGCAGUUAUCAGUACACUAGGACCUAAUUAUGAGCGCACAUUUGUUUAUCAUUGUUAUUCUAUACUUGUUGUCAUGAUAAGCGUUAAUUGGACUAUUUUGCUAGACAAAAUGCAGACCACUACGUUAUUUGCAGUGUGUUUUCAACAAGAAUGUGAUAAAAAUUGCCUUGAAAAUAUUAUUGAAAAUGGCUAGCAGAAACAGAAGAUACACAGUAAAUGAAAUCAUAUCAAUGCUUGAGGAUGAAGGUAACUUUGAAAGGGCAGAUAUACAUGUUCAACCACCUCCUGUAGAUGAACUGACAGAUGAAGAUAGUGCAAGUGAAGAUGAAGAAGUAGGUUACAACAACCUCAGUGGACGUCAGUUAGACCAACAAGCAACAGCGACAGUUAUUCGCCUAGAUGGACGUCAUGUUGUUGAUUCAGCAUCAGACUCCGAUCUAGAAACUGACCAUUCUUCAGAUUCUUCUGAUACAGAUGAAUACGAAGUGCCUGCAAAUAUUGCAAAAAGACAUCAAGUAAGAAUUGCACUACGGGAUCCAGCUCCGCGUCCCAAACGACCUGCACCAGUAAAGAGUAAGUGGGAAAAUAAAGAUCUACCUGAGCAAGAUAAAGACAGAUUCACUUGGCAUGGCUCAAAUAUAGACAAAAGUCGAUGGCCGCAAACACCAGAUGGCAUCUUCAACUUAUUUUUUGAUGAUGACGUGAUCAACAUGAUUGUUGAACAGAGUAUAAGAUAUGCUGGUUCAAAAGGCAACCGUUCGUUUUCAACUUCACCCCAAGAAAUUAGGAUCUUCCUAGCAAUUCUGCUUAUAUCAGGCUAUAACACUGUGCCAAGACGGAGACAGUUCUGGAGCCGGGAUGAUGACGUAAGGAAUGAGGCAAUAGCUCGUACAAUGCCGCGAGACAGAUUCGACAUAUUGGUGCGAUAUGUACAUCGUUGCGAUAACAACAAUCUUGACAGAGAGGACAAGUUUAGCAAAGUAAGACCACUGCUAUGUCUGCUGAAUGAGCGCUUCUUGUUAUACUUCUUGAAAGAGAAAAACCUUUCAAUCGACGAAAGCAUGAUCCCGUACUAUGGGCGACACGGAGCGAAACAGUUUAUUCGUGGGAAACCAAUAAGGUUCGGUUAUAAGAUGUGGGCUUUAACGACAGCACUUGGAUAUGUUUUACAAUUUGAGCCCUAUCAAGGGGCAAAAGGCCACCAAACCCAUGAUCCUGGCUUCCUUGGAAUGGGCGGAGCAGUAGUUAUGGACCUGCUUUCAGAGCUGCAGAAAGAUGAUGCAUACCAUCUGACUUUUGAUAAUCUAUUUACUUCCCUGAAGCUCGUGGACCGGCUUACAGAUAUGGGAAUAUCUUGCACAGGAACCAUCCGUGCCAACCGAAUAGAAGAUUGUCCUGUCAAAAUGUAAAAGACAUGGGAAAAACGCAACGAGGAAACUAUGAUAAAAGGUAUGACGCACACAAAGGUCUGAUAGUGGUGAGGUGGAAUGACAACAAUAUAGUGAAUGUGGUGUCAAAUUGCCAUGGAGUUGAACCAUUGCAACAAGCAACACGGUGGUCAAAGCAGGCAAAAGCUAGGGUGUGCCUUCCGCAGCCAUACCUUAUAAAGCAUUACAACCAGACAAUGGGAGGUGUGGACAGGAUGGAUCAAAAUGUUGAGAAGUAUCGUAUCUCUAUCAGAUCCAAGAAGUGGUGGUGGCCAGUGUUUAUGUAUUGCAUUGACCUUGCGGUGCAGCAAACCUGGCACAUUUACCGUGCUACUGAUGCAGGAUUGAGGCAACCAUUAGAUCUGUUAGGUGUCAGACGAGCUCUGGUUACUGUGUUGCUUGCUCAGGGGCAUACACCUGCUGUCAGCCCUGGCAGACCAAGAGGUAGGAUGAGGCCAUUGUCAAGAAGAAUUCCAGACCAUAUCCGACUUGAUGGUAAAAAUCAUUACGCAGAGCCAGCAAAAGAAGUGCGCUGUUCAUUGUGUGGAAAAAAAUGCAGGACACAAUGUUCCAAAUGUAAUGUUGGAGUGCACAGGAAAUGCUUUAAAAUGUUUCACAGUGUUUAGGUAUUCAUACGAUCAAAGCCAAAAGACAUGAACAAUAAUAAUUUAUAUUCAGAAUGAAUUUCAGAGUGAACACUUCUGUGCCUAAUGUCUACUUUUGUAGGAAAAGUAAUAGAAAACAUUGCCUGUAUAAACUUUAAGGAUUUUUUCAAGUAAAAGUUAUCAAAUAAACCAACAAUAGGUUAUCUGGACAUAUAUUCUAUAUGUGUUUUACAUAUACCCAUUUGCGCCUGUUGUCUACUUUUGUAGACAAAAUAUUAAAACACUAAAAUAAAAAAUACAGUACUUAUAUUUGAAAAAUAAACAGAUAUAUGUUAUAACUAUAUGGUUACUAUAUGUUUUAUACAUUUCUUAUAUAAAAAUAAAAUUCCGGCACAAAUGGGUUA